UGUGAACAUCUCGUCUCGUCAGUUUACAUGAAACGGACUAAGAGUGAAGAACAGCCACAGGAACUGGUAUAUGAUUUCAGAAAAUAAAUUUCCCGUGGCAAUGGCACGGGCAUCAGCACCCGUCACCGUGUUUAUUCUUUUUUUCACCUUGUCGGUGGUUGUGGCUGAAUGGAUUAUUCCCCCAAAGGUGCUGACUGAAGGCCAGGACUACACCAAAGAUGACUACAUCUCCAAGAUCCGCUCAGAUCAGGAAAGUGUAUUCAACAAGCCGGUCGUCUAUAGCCUGAAGGGUAUUGGGGCUGACCAGGACCCUGUCAAUGUGUUUGUGGUGGAUAAGACCACUGGAAAGGUCAGGGUCACCCGCAUACUGGACCGGGAGGACAUCCACGAGUACAAUCUCACUGGAAUAGCUUACUUUACGGAUGGCUCAAUCGCAGAGAGCGACCUCAAGCUCAAGAUUAAGGUGAAGGAUAUCAAUGACAAUGGCCCUGUGUUUUCCUCCAUUCCGCCUGCCUCAGUGGAGGAGCUCAGUCCCAGAGGUAUGUCCAUCAUGCAGAUUAGGGCUGUAGACAAAGACGAGCCGAACAACCUCAACUCUAGGAUCAAGUACACCCUAACCAAGCAGGAGCCUGCGGGGAAAAAAAUGAUGUUCUCGAUCACUUCCGAUGGAGAGCUGCGUGUCAAAGAGCCUGAUCUGGACAGAGAGCUGAUCGCUUCCUACGUUCUGACUAUAGAGGGCGCUGAUCUCUACGGAGCCCCUGGAGGAAACACUGGCACGGGGAUGGUCAUAGUGAAUCUUGUCGACGUAAAUGACAAUGUGCCAACCCUGGAACUAGACGAGUAUGAGGGCAAUAUUGAAGAGAACACCAAGAAUGUGGAGGUUAUGAGGAUCAAGGCUAAGGACCUGGACGUUGACGCUGUAAAUCGGGAAUUUGAGUAUGUCAUCGUCACAGGAAAUGAGGCAGGCUACUUCAGCUUGGUAAAGGACCCUCACACAAACGAGGGCAUUCUGAUGCUCGAUAAAGAAGUCAACUUUGAGGAUGUGAAAGACCUGAAACUGGGAGUCGGGGUGAGGAACAUAGAACCGUACCAUGUGAGUGUGAGUGGAGGAAGUAUAGAAACCAUCAACCUCGGAGGUGGAGGAGCAGGAGGCGGCGGAGGAGGUGCUGGAGGUGGAGGAGGUGGAGCAGGAGGAGGUGGAGGUGGGACUGGAGGUGGAACAGGAGGAGGUGGAGGUGGGACUGGAGGUGGAACAGGAGGUGGAACAGGAGGAGGUGGAGGUGGGACUGGAGGUGGAACAGGAGGAGGUGGAGGUGGGACUGGAACUGGAGGUGGAACAGGAGGAGGUGGAGGUGGGACUGAGGUGGAACAGGAGGUGGAACAGGAGGUGGAACAGGAGGUGGAGGUGGGACUGGAGGUGGAACAGGAGGUGGAACAGGAGGUGGAACAGGAGGUGGAACAGGAGGUGGAGGUGGGACUGGAGGUGGAACAGGAGGUGGAGGAGGUGGAACAGGAGGUGGAACAGGAGGUGGAACAGGAGGUGGAACAGGAGGUGGAACAGGAGGUGGAACAGGAGGUGGAGGUGGGACUGGAGAUCAGGCUCAACAAGUUGCCAGACAGAGAGUCGCCGUAUCUGAAGAACGGCACAUACCUGGCAGAGGUCCUCUGUCUGACCCAAGACAUGCCCGCCAAGACAGCCACAGGCACCAUCGCCAUCCAAGUGGAGGACUUCAAUGACCAUUGCCCGGAACUGACCUCCCGCCUGGUCCCCAUGUGCACGGCGGAGGAGGUGAUCUACAUCACAGCUGUGGACCCCGACAUCAAGCCCAACGGCGCCCCUUUCAAGUUCACCCUCAUCCCUGAGGGCACCAAGGGCAAGUGGAGUGUGGAGCAUUUCAACGAUACCACGGCCCUCUUGCGUACCCAUGAGCCUCUAUGGCCAGGACAGAACAAGGUGACCUUGAAGAUCCAGGAUCAGCAGGGCCAGGCCUGCCCAGACCUGCAGGAGCUAAAGGUGGAGGUGUGCACGUGCGACGACACGGGCACCUGCAGCCGGCGUGGGGUGGGGCCUGACGGGAAGCCUGGGGCUAGCCUCGGCCCUGCGGCCAUCGGCCUGGGCUUCCUGGGCGCACUCCUCCUCCUGCUCAUUCCACUGUUGUUGCUGUUCUGCCAGUGUGGUGCAGCAGGCAUGGGUGGAGCAGGUUUUGCCGAAAUUCCCUUCGGUGCAAAGGAGCACCUGAUCUCUUACCACACGGAAGGGCAGGGGGAGGACAAGGAGGUUCCCCUCAUGGCAGUUCCGGCGGUGGAUGGGGGCGGCAUGAUGCAGGCGGUCAGCAAAGGGGGCGUAGCCACAGCCGGCCCUGCUCUCGGUGGUGUCACGGCUGCCCUCUUUAACUCCAGGUCCACCAUGGGCGGCGGCUUCCACGAGUCUAACAUGGAGAUGAACUACAUGGACCAGACGAUGAGCCGCAUGGCUGGAGGAGGCCAGGCAAGCGGCUUCAUGUCAGAGUACCGAGAGGGAGGUGGUGCCUACGACCAGCUGGCACUCCCUGAUGCCUUCUUGGCGGACUACUACACCCAGAAAUCAGAAUGUGUGGCACUGGGUGGCGCUCAGAAGGACAAUCUGUUGGUGUACGACUAUGAGGGGCAGGGAUCUCCUGCUGGCUCCGUGGGCUGCUGCAGCCUCCUCGAAUCCGACAACGACCUCGCCUUCCUCAAUGACCUGGGGCCAAAAUUCAACACCCUGGCCUCUGUCUGCGGAGGCUCCAAGGCCAAGACUGUGACAGCCAUCUCCGCUCCUCCACCGCAGUCUGCCGCCAUCUCAUCAGAGGUUGACUUUGGCUCUGUCAACAUGGAGGUUAGGAACGACAUGGCAUCGUCCACCCGGGUGGAGAGGACCGUCACCAGCGUGCAGCAGCAGCUUCCUGCCCCACUUCCCAGCAUGCACCUACGCGAGACCGUUGCCGUGCCGACCCAGACUGUGCUGGUGCAGCAGCAGCAGCCCCUGUACUACAUGGUGGAGCCGCAGCAGGUCCAGAGCACAGUGCUGCUGGCUGAGAGGCCCCAAGUGGGUCUGGGUCAGGGAAUGAUCCUGGUCAACGGGAGUCAGACAGCCACAGAGGGGGUGCUGCUGCAGGGGGGAGGCCUGGUGCAGGGAGCCCAGGGGCUGGUGAUGGCCCAGGGGGGUCAGGGAUUGGUGUUACAGCAGGGUGGGCACGUUCAGGGUGGUCAGGGUUUGGUGUUACAGCAGGGUGGGCACGUUCAGGGUGGUCAGGGUUUCGUGCUUCAGCAGGGAGGCCAUGUUCAGGGUGGUCAGGGUGUGAUCUUCCAGGGCUCGGGCAAUGUGCAGACUGACCUGGGACGAGGAGAGAACCUGGUGCUGCUGGAGCGAAGCGGAGGAGCAGGGGGCACUGCACUGACCUCUGGCCUCCUGCAAACAUCCAGUCUCUCCGGCUCCCAAAUGGUGCUGCUGGAUGGGGCAGCGGGGGGGCAACAAGGGGGGCAGAUCUUACAGGGAGGGCAGAUUUUACAGAGAGCGCAAAUCCUCCAAGGAGGAUCAACUCUCCCUAGAGGGAGCAUGGGGGGCUCUGAGGUAAUAUUCGUUGAACAAUCAGGUCAAGGGUCAGGGGUCAGCAAGGGCUUGCGCAAUGUAGUGACCACAAGCACAACGUCAGUGAACGAGACUGCAGGUUCACACGGAGCAUCUUCACUGCAGCCUUCGCGCAAAGUGAUCGUUCAGGAGAGGAAAGUGGUCACUGAUCAGAGUAGCAGAAAACCACAGCUAUAAGCUGCGAAAGAUUUUUCAUAAAAAUCUCUGGCAACAAUUGAAUUUUUGAAAUUCAGUAAGCCAAUUUUUGAUGCAAUAUCAGUGUAUAACAUACAUUUUUAUACAAAGUAAUUUUAUAUGAAUGUAAAAUGCACCUUUGUGGCAAAACAAUUUUUUUAAAUGGCAAUGAAAUUAACAAAACAUUGCAUUGCAUAGCCACAUCCCUUAUUAUUAUAGAAUAUAGAUGAGUUUAUAAAUGGGACAAAUGUAUCGUGAGACCUUACGCCUACUGUUUCGGUCUGUUUAGGCCCAGAGGGCUGUAGAAGUGUAGUGACUCAUCUAUCCACACACAAUCAAACAAACACACACACACACACACAUACCUGUACACAGCCACCUGCUCAGACUAAGUUUUUCUUACAGGCCUGUUUUACCUGUAAACUUCCUUCUCGCCUUGUUUGGGUGCACCAUGGGAGUUUGCAGGAAUGUGUUUGCAAAGGUCAAGAUUUUUGUGUAUGUUCAAUUAAGGGCUUUUGUUGGUUUAUGGUUUGCCAUAUAUAUAGAAUACAUAGAAUACAUACAUAUAUAUGGGUAUUCUAAGUUUACUUUGGUUCCGACUUAAUUCCACUGUCACCGCAAUCUUUUUUUCCAUUCGUUUUUUGUUAUGCACUAUUAAGUAUUUCAAUGUAAAAUGUAAUUUUGUCUUCAAAGGUAUUGUUUUCAUCUGAUGCCAGUUUUCUUGGUCCUGGAAUUUAAAAUUACUUAUGUAGUCACAUGUCAUCCAGUGGAUUGAAAUAAAAUGUUUUUUUGUUCAGUGUC